AUGGCUGAGCCACGACGUAGCGUUCGUUCUACGAAGGGUGUCAACAACCGCCUCUCUGAUAUCGGGCUCGAAAGCGCGUCGCCAGCGCCCGCUUCAGGCCAAGCGUCGAAAGCGAAAAAGAAGACCCCCGCGAAAGAACGAGCCUCACCUGACAGGUCGCAGACUGUGGAGGAGGAGAAUACCAACGGCUCGCCUGAUGAUAUCAUUCGGUGUGUCUGUGGAGCAAAGGAGGAGGAUGAGGAUGACUCGAGGAUGAUGAUCCAGUGCGAAGGGUGUGAAGCGUGGCAGCAUACCCAGUGCAUGGGGAUUCCCAAGAAGAAAAUCCCAAAGCAAUACUUUUGCGAGGUCUGCAGACCGGAGAAUCACCAAGUCCUUUUGAAUCAAUUGGAGAAGGGAGAAAAGCCCUGGGAAAAGAAGCCAACUGCAAGGAGAAAGGGAAAGAAAGAUUCAACACCGGCCAGAGGCCAGAAACAAGAUUCAACGCCAGCUAGGAAUUUUAAAAAUGAACCAACUCCCACCAAAAGUGAAGUUGCCCCGGCCUCAGAGUUUCCGGAAUUGCCUGCGCCAAGUGAUACACCUGUGCCAAAGAAACCGGUACAAAGGAGGAAGAAGAAGCAGCAGGUUGUAGCGGAGAUGGAGAUGCCGAGACGAAGCCCUUCUCCGGUUGUAGAACAGGAUGACCCAAUGGAUAUCGACAUUUCGCAAAGUGCGCAGGAAGACAUCCCAAACAAACCUCCAGAGGAUUUAGAGAAAGUAGAGGAAGACCCAGAAGAAGAAGAGCCAGAGGAAGAGCAGCCGGAACAACCAGAGGAGGAACCGGAUAAGCCAGAGGAGGAGCCAGAGGAGCCAGAUAAACUAGAGACGGUAGAAAAGCCAGUGGCGCAAGAAAAGCCGGAGGAGCAAGAAGAGACAGAAGAUCGCGAGAGGACAGUGUCCAUGGAAUUAUCUCCUGCCAAAGACACCAUUGAGAGUAAUGGGAAUGGGGUUGUGAAAGAAGUGAUAGAGGAUUCGCUGGAGCCUCAGACUCCACAGACCCCGAUUUCCGCUACAAAAGAAGAGCCGAACAGGAGAGAUAAUCGACGCGACUCUACUCGAUCAAUAAAGUCACUCAAGCGAAAGCCUACGGGCGAUUCCGAUGGAGAAUACAAGCAUGAAGACGAGGAACCGCACAAGAGAAUACGCCGCGUAUCGGCAAUCGCAGUAGAUGCCAGCCCCAAGGAUGUGAAGCCGUCGCCCAGAAGAGCCUCCAUAGCAAAACCGCCAAUCAAAAGGCAGAAAACGGAGGAUAAUACACCUCAGAAAGAGCUUGUGGAGACUAUUGACGAACUUCGAAACGAGGGCCGUCGGAAGGUUGCGAACUUCCUGAUGACGCCACUCAUUGAGCGUGCCAGUCCCCUCGUCUCUGAAAACGAACUGAUCUUGGCUGAAGGCCAAACAAUCAAUAAACUCUGCGAAAGACUUGCAUUACAAGUGGAGCACCAUGUUUAUCUAUUGUUCUUCAAAGGGGGCGAAUUGCCUCCUGAAUACACCAAGAAAGUAAGGAGCGUUGCAUACAACCUCCGCGCCAAUCCUUCAUUGAGCGAAGAACUGUUGAAGGAGAAUUUGGAGCCCUCUAGACUGGCGCACAUGACAACAGAUGAGAUGGCGUCGAAGGAGUUAAAGGAGUUAAUGCAGAAGAUACGUCUAGAAUCAGAGAAGCAUAACACUUUGAUUACGGAAACUGGACCUCGAAUCCGGAGGACACAUAAAGGCGAGGAAUUGGUUGGUGAAGUCGAGGACAACGAACCAACGGAUCAAGACGUGGAUAGCCUUGUUCCACCCGGCGGCAUCAUACGUAGGUCAGAUUCCACCGAUGAACCAACAGUCUCUAUGGCCGACAAAUCGCCCUCUAUUGCCGUUGAAAUUACUGAGAGCCCAGUCACCGCACCCGAGAAUCAUGAUGAGGUUUUGAGAUCUCCAUCCAGACCUCCCGUUGCGGAUGCUAAACCCGAAAGGGGACGAAAUUUCAGCAUCGAGAAUGUUUGGGAUCACAUUGAAGCACCGGACACGAACCGUAUUCCUAGGGCUAUGAGGCCAGCGGUUCCAGCCACAGCCCGUGAUACAGACCCCAAGAUUGAUAAGGACAUUGAUAUGCUUCUUAAAGAUGAUGAUGGUGAUGCCACACCACCCUACUCCCCAGCAAGUGCCAUGUCAGAUGAUGACCAUUACUCCCCACGCCACGAAGAGGAGGAGGAUGAAUGGAAAGGACGCGUAGAAAUGAAUGGAAUUGCAAGUCUAUCUGCUACAGCUGCACUAGUCGGAGGUCCAGAGUAUGUUGCAAACACUAAAUGGUCUGAUCUGUUGACCGAUGUUCUGCACAUUGAUGGCCGCAUCAAGCAUGAUCGUGCAACAGAAUAUCUAUGCGGACAGAAGUUUUCGAAAAGUAGCUCUCUUGUUAUGGUUUCUCUCACUCCCACAGAUAGCAUGGCCCAAACAGAGUUCAAAAAGCUUUUCGAUUAUUUCAAGGAGAGGGAUAGGUAUGCAGUUGUUGGGAAGCAUUUGCAAAAGUGCAUUAAGGAUCUCUAUAUUGUUCCCGUCGACGAGAAGGACAGUCUCCCAGAUUGGUUCAACGUAUUAGACCCGGCCUCAAGUAUCCCCCAGAACGGGCGCCAGGGAAAGCUCCUAAUCGUCAUAUUUGUCGUUAUUCGAAACCUCGUGGGCCUACCAUCAGCGACCCCAACGCAUGCCUCUGCAUCCAUGUCUCCUUAUACACAAAUGCGCCAUCGUGCUUCAGAUGCUGCACCCCCAUAUACGCCGAUCGCGCCGACCCCGUCAGGUAUGCACCAUCAAGGAACGCCGUAUACACCUCCUCAACAGGCGCAGCAACAUAACUUUGCCUAUCAGGGUCCCAAUGCUCAUCAGCAACAAUACGUCACUACGUACAAUGGAGGAUCGUAUCCUCCGAAUUCUGGCCACAAUGCACAUCCUACGCCCUCUCCGGCCCCAGGAUCGCUCCCUGUACCAUUGGCGGAAAUGACCCAGAAUCUUGUUCAAAUCUUCCCAGACAUGGAUGCCAAUCAGCUUAUGAUGAUCAACAAGAUUCUUGUUGAAAACCCUGAGAUACAGAACGACCCAGAUGCUCUCGCGAAGAUAAUUGAAAGGCAGAUGGGAGGAUCUUGA